AGCCCUUGGGCUUCGAGUCCUCUCACUAGCGAUAUCAACAAACAGUAUUGGAUCAUUCUCGAUUUGUCUGGUACAAAAAGAGGUGAAAUAAAAGAGAAAAUCCAAAGAGUCAUACUCACAACUUCAUACCCGAAUCGAUAAAAUGGCUCCAAGCAUCGCUACCGUUUUUACCGCUCUCCUCGCCCUCGCCCCGUUAGGAGCAGUCGCAAGCCCUUUGAACUUAUGGCGGCCUUCCGGUCCCAUUGACCCUCCAUCAAGCUCUGUUGAAUCAGUAGCUGGUACUAUAGCCAGUGCCGUUGCAGCCUUUGUCAAUAACCCGCAUGCGACAGAUAUAGUGCCUAACUCGUACAUUGUCGUCUACCACAAGAACUAUACCGACGAUGAAAUCGACCAGCACCAACAGUCCAUCAAGGUGGCCGUCAAGAAGCGCAACCUGAACAAGCGUGGGCUUCUCGGCCAGCUCCUCUCCACAAGAGUCCGUACAUUCGCCAUGUCGGGUUGGCGUGCUAUGUCGCUGGACUCAGAUGAUCUCAUGCUGAGCGAGAUAAACAACACGUCCAUGGUUAAGUACAUCGAGGCCAAUACAUAUGUUAAGGCUUCCGGUCUCGUAAACCAGGCCAACGCACCUAACGGCCUGGUCCGCCUUAGCCACGCCCAAACUGGCGGUCAGGGCUACGUGUUUGACGACUCAGCUGGCGAGGGAAUCACUGCGUACAUUGUUGACACUGGUAUUAUGACAACACACGAAGAUUUCCAGGGACGAGCUGUUAUGGGGUUCAAUGCCGUUGAGGAAGAAGAGGCCACUGAUCUGAAUGGACACGGUUCCCACGUUGCUGGUACCGUCGGCGGUGCCACGUUCGGAGUUGCGAAGAACGUGCAGUUGGUUGGUGUUAAGGUCUUGGAUGCCAAAGGAGGCGGUACCAACGCUGAUGUGAUUGACGGUCUCAACUUUGUUGCUUCAGAUGCUAAGAAGGGAAAGUCGGUCAUGAACAUGUCUCUUGGUGGGCCCGCCUCUCAGGCUGUUAACGACGCCAUUGAGCGCCUCUUUUCCAACGGUGUCGUUCCGGUUGUCGCCGCAGGAAACGAAGCCCAGGACGCCGCCAAUGUCUCCCCCGCAAGCAGCCCCAAUGCCAUCACUGUCGGUGCCAUUGACCAGACCAACGACCGACGUGCCAGCUUCAGCAACUUCGGUAGCUUCGUCGAUGUAUAUGCUCCUGGUGUCGACGUCGAGAGUGUCGGUAUUUCUAGCAACGAUGCCACCGAGGUUCUUAGCGGUACUUCCAUGGCUUCUCCUCACAUUACUGGUCUUGCGGCCUACCUUAUGUCUCUUGAGGGUAUUACUGACCCUACCGCUGUCUCGGACCGCAUCAAGCAGCUGGGUAGUGCUACUGGUGCAAGUGUCCGACGGAACGUCAGGGGCACUACGCGUGUCAUCGCCAAUAACGGCAACCUAUAAUCCAGCAGCACAUGAUGUCGCUUACGUCUGUCUGAUUAUUUACGGAGAGUUUCGAUUUCAAGUUGGAGGGACCUCAUCCUAUCGCUUUCUACACGUACCUCAUUCCAGCGCAUAUUGUGAUCAGCAUCUAGCGAAGCAUGAAUUCAAUACUACAUAUAGCGAUUUUCGACAAGAGGCGAACGUUGGGCCUUAUUUUAUACAUUUUUAUUUCUCAUUUGGGAGAAGGAUAUAUAUAUACGUGGAUAGCGCAACAAGGUGUUAUACUUGGAAUAGAUGAGCGACCAUGCGUAAUAGAGAAGACGAUAAGAAGAAAAAGCUCUGCGGAUGUGGAUGUGACCAUUCUCACGAUAGAAAGCCGAGCCAACAGUUCCAGUGGUGUGUCAUUUGGUACACUGAUACUGUGUAUACUUGAGCCGGUAGAUAUUCAGUAUAUAUCUAAUUAAACCCCAUCGAUACAUAUCAUAUAAUUAUUUUGGUUACGAUGAUUU